CCUUCCCCGCCACCAGCCAGCCUCAUACCCGGCCAGGGUUUGUGCGCGCGAGGAGGAAGGAAGGGUGUGUGAUGUGCGCGCGCUGAGCGCUCGCACGCGCCCUGAGGAAGGAGGAGGGAGAGUGUGGGUGGGUGGAAAGACGCGGCAAGAACCGCCUCGCGCACCCCUCGGGCCAAGCAGCUCCCCCCCCCCCCGCCUCCCGACGGAUACGGAAUUCUCAGUAGCAGAGGCAGCAGCAGCAGGAGCAGCGCGAUGGCGGCGGCGGCGCUGAAGCGGGAAGCGGCUUCUCCUCGUCGUUCCUUCGAGUCUUCCCUUCCUGCCGCCCGGCGCCCGACGGCGGCAGCGGCCCCCUGGCUGCGGCUGCUGAUCACGCUGAUUCUGAACGCGGCCCGGGCCGAGAAAGAAGCAUUUAUCCAGUCAGAUAGCAUAAUAGAAGUUUUACGCUUUGAUGAAGGAGGCUUAUUACAGACUGAGACAACUAUUGGUCUCACUUCAUAUCAACAGAAAAGCAGCUUAUCUAUGUAUCGAGGCAAUUGCAGACCUAUUCGGUUUGAACCGCCAAUGCUGGAUUUCCACGAACAGCCAGUUGGGAUGCCAAAAAUGGAAAAAGUUUACUUGCAUAAUCCCAGUUCAGAAGAAACUAUUAUACUAGUAUCGAUAUCUGCAACAACCUCACAUUUUCAUGCAUCUUUUUUUCAAAACAGGAGAAUUCUCCCAGGAGGGAACACAUCAUUUGAUGUAGUUUUUCUUGCAAGAAUGGUGGGAAAUGUAGAAAACACUUUAUUUAUUAAUACAUCUAAUCAUGGGGUAUUUACUUACCAGGUGUUUGGUGUAGGGGUACCAAACCCCUACAGAUUACGCCCUUUUUUAGGAGCAAAGGUUCCUGUAAAUAGCAGUUUUUCUCCUAUUAUAAAUAUACACAAUCCCCAUAGUGAACCUUUGCAGGUAGUAGAGAUGUAUUCAAGUGGAGGUGAUCUCCACUUAGAGCUUCCAACAGGCCAACAAGGGAGUACAAGAAAAUUAUGGGAAAUCCCCCCCUAUGAAACGAAAGGAGUUAUGCGAGCCAGUUUUUCUUCAAGAGAAGCAGAUAAUUACACAGCCUUCAUUCGAAUAAAAACAAAUUCCUCCGACAGCACAGAGUUCAUUAUUCUUCCAGUAGAGGUAGAAGUCACAACAGCUCCAGGAAUUUACUCAUCAACAGAAAUGCUUGACUUUGGUACAUUAAGAACACAAGAUCUGCCAAAAAUUUUAAAUCUUCACUUGUUAAAUUCUGGAACAAAGGAUGUGCCAAUAACAAGUGUUAGACCCACACCACAGAAUGACGCUAUCACAGUACAUUUCAAGCCAAUUACAUUGCGAGCUUCUGAAAGCAAAUAUACAAAAGUUGCAAGUAUUAGCUUUGAUGCAUCAAAAGCAAAACGACCCUCACAAUUUUCAGGAAAAAUAACAGUUAAAGCAAAAGAGAAGAGUUACUCAAAACUUGAAAUUCCAUAUCAAGCAGAAGUAUUAGAUGGAUACUUAGGAUUUGAUCAUGCGGCCACAUUAUUUCAUAUCCGUGAUAGUCCAGCAGACUCUGUGGAAAGACCAAUCUAUUUCACAAACACAUUUAGUUUUGCAGUCCUCAUUCAUGAUAUAACACUACCAGAAGAAAUCAAAGCAAUAUUUAAAGUACACAACUUCAGCAAACCAGUUUUAAUUCCAGCCAAUGAAUCCAGAUAUAUUUUCACACUUUAUUUUGUGGCUUCCUUGUCAUCUCUUCAUAUUGAUAACAAUAUUUUGCUCAUUACCAAUGCCUCCAAAUUUCAUCUACCUGUGAGAGCAUACACAGGAUUUCUAGAUUAUUUUGUAUUGCCUCCAAAAUCCGAGGAACGGAUAAUAGAUUUUGGCAUACUGAGUGCUACAGAAACGAGUAGCAUUCUGUUUGCAAUUGUUAACAGCAAUCCAAUUCAGCUGGCUAUAAAAAGCUGGCAUGUGAUAGGAGAUGGCUUGACCGUAGAACUCCUAGCUGCUGAAAAAGGCAACAGAACUACAAUUAUUGCAAGUCUUCCAGACUUAGAAAAAGCCAGUGCAUUGGAUCAAACUUCAGUAACACUGAUGCCUGGUUCAUACUCUGUAUACAGAGUAAGAUUAUUAUCAAAAGAACUUGAAGGUAUUCAUGAUGGGGCCAUACAAAUCACAACAGAUUAUGAGAUCUUAACAAUUCCUGUGAAGGCUAUAAUUGCUGUGGGCUCACUGAAUUGCUCCCCCAAACACAUUCUUCUUCCACCUUCCUUCCCGGGCAAGACAGUUCAUCAGAGCUUAAGCAUAAUGAGCUCUUUCUCACAGAAAGUAAAAAUACAGCAGAUCCGUUCAUUAUCGGAAGAUGUCCGGUUUUAUUACAAGAAAUUAAGAAGUAACAAGGAAGAUCUGGAGCCAGGGAAAAAAUCUAAGAUAGCAAAUGUUUAUUUUGACCCUGGUUUACAGUGUGGAAAUCACUGUUAUGUCGGAUUGCCUUUUCUUGGUAAAUCUGAAUCAAAAUUGCAGCACAGUAUAUCUAUGCAAGAAGAUGCAUGGGAUUCAGACUGGGAUUUGCAUGAUAAUUUGUUCAAAGAAUGGCUUGGAAUAAGAGAGCGUUCCGGCACUCAAUUAAGUGCUGUGUUUGAAGUGGAUACGGAUCUUCAGAAGGCUGUGACAUCCAAAAUCACAGCAGAGCUGGCCUGGCCCUCUUUACUCGGCUCACCACAUCAUUUGGAUUUCUCACUUACCAACACAAAUAGCUCAUCUGAAGAAGAAAUUCUUCUAGAAAACCCAGCAGAUGUUCCUGUUUUUGUUCAGUUUCUUCCUAUAGCACUGUAUUCAAAUCCAUCAGUUUUCGUGGAUAAGCUAAUAGACCGGUUUAACUUGAGUAAGCCAGCAGACUUCAGUUUGAGGACACUAGAAUUUCAGGUCUCUAGAAACUGUGGCCAGGCAUUGCAGAGCUCCACAGGAUUUACAGAGGGGUUGUCUCGGCAAUCAGUGUUAAAUAUAAUUUUAAAGCCUGGUGAGAGAAAACCUGUCCGAGUAAAAUUUACUCCAGUUCUUAAUAAAACAGUUUCAUCACUGAUUAUUGUCAGAAAUAAUCUGACUGUGAUGGAAGCUUUAAUGGUUAAAGGACAAGGAACAACUGAGAGCAUGAGGGUUGCAGGCAAACCACCUGGGCCAGGAAGUUCUUUACGCUUCAAAAUCACUGAAGCUUUACUAAAAGACUGCACUGAAAAAACUAAAUUAAAGGAACCAAAUUUUACACUGAAAAGAACAUUCAAAGUGGAGAAUACAGGGGAACUUCAAGUUAAUAUAAAAUCUGUGGAAAUCAGUGGAUAUUUAUGUGAAGGAUAUGGAUUUAAAGUAGUUAACUGUCAAGAAUUUGCACUAAGCCCCAAUGCCUCUAAAGACAUUGUCAUCUUGUUUACACCAGAUUUCACUACUUCCAGAGUCAUUCGUGAACUGAAGUUAACUACAGCAGGAGGCUCUGAAUUUAUAUUCAUAUUAAAUGCAUCCCUUCCUUAUCACAUGUUAGCAACUUGUGCAGAAGCCCUGCCCAGACCCAACUGGGAGCUGGCUCUGUAUGUAAUUGUCUCAGGGAUAAUGAGUGUACUCUUCCUUUUGGUGAUUGGAACAGCCUAUUUAGAAGCUCAAGGAAUAUGGGAGCCAUUCAGAAGACGUCUCUCCUUUGAGGCAUCCAAUCCUCCCUUUGAUAUGGGAAGGCCAUUUGAUCUCAGGAGAAUAGUUGGAAUUUCAUCUGAUGGAAACUUGAAUGCACUUGGAUCAGAUUCUAACCACAACUCCUCCAGAGGACUCUAUGGACCAGGAAGUUCCUCAUCACGGUCAAACAGUCAUAAGCAAUGCAACUCAGCAGCCAGCCUGCACAGCAAUAGAAAUUCAGUUGAGGCUGAUAAUGUGAAAUUUAAAAGCAGUCCAAAUGUUACUAGCAGGACUUCCAUGCAGGCAGGUUCUGCACAGUCAGCGAACAGAGCAGGUUCCCUCUUCCAGGACUCUAGUGCUACAACUCAGAAUCAUGCAGCAAGUAGAAGGUCCAGGGGGACAAAGCAGAACCAGCAAUCAAACCAGCAGCAUGCUCCAGUCUUACUAGAGCAAAAUUUGUCCCAGCAACCAAUAGUGCCUCAGCAACAGGAGCAGCAGACUGAAAGUUCUCUGCCUCAGUCGCAGCUUCUUACCCCAUCACAUUCAGAAUGUGCCAGCAACACAAGGCACAGCUCAGAGGACUCGGACAUUGCUGCUCUUAUUGAAACCAUGGACAAAGACUUUGAUCAUCCAGAAUCCCCUUCCCCAGAUGUGUUUACAGAGCAACCCCCAUCUCCAGUAGCAAAAACCAAAGGGAAAGGAAAACCAUUCCCUCGCAAAUCUAAACCCCAGAAGAAGCGGGAAGAAAAGGAACGAAGAGGAAAGGGAAAGCAACAAGAAGAUGAACUGAAAGAUUCUUUAGCAGAUGAUGACAGUUCUUCAACUACCACAGAAGCUUCCAACCCAGACACAGAAGCACUUCUGAGAGAGGAGCCAGAAAAGCAAAAGGGAAAACAGCCAAUGCCAGAAAAGCGGGAAAGUGAAAUCCAAGUAAAGCAGAAAAGCAAAAAACUCUCACUAAAGAAAGAAGUCCCAGCAGAUGUGAAAUCAAGUUCCUUUGAGAUACAGUGUCCUCCAUCACUGGAAAAUAAACAGCACAAAAGCUUUUCCUCCAAGCUGUCUACUCAGCAUACAUUCAAACCAAGAAACCUUCAGAAAACAAAAGGUUUAAACACAAAACUGAUGGACAGUAAGCCACCAUCACUAGCAAAGUUUUUCUCCAGUGGCUCUGGUCAGGAGCUAAGCAAUACCAGCAGCUCUGAAGGGGAAAAGGAUUCUCCACCUCCAGAGUGGGACUCGGUGCCAAUUCACAGAGCAGGCAGUUCUACUGACAACCUUUAUAAGCUGUCGCUGCAGACCCUCAGUGCAGACGCAUUCUUGAAACAACGACAGACCUCACCAACUCCUGCCUCUCCGUCUCCACCCCCUGCAUCAUUGGCCUUCAUGCCACGGAGCACUUACAGCAGCAUUGUGAACAACUGCAACGAAUCGAAAAGCAAGGUGCUCAGUGGUGCCAAACAUAAGGUAGCAAAGUCGGCCUCACUGCCUGGCAGGAAUGGAAAUCCAACAUUUGCUGCUGUAGCUGCUGGUUAUGACAAGAGCCCAGGUGGUAGCGGCCUCACAAAGCCUUCGCCAAUUAAAACUGAUGCAUCUGCCUGUAUGAAUGUUUCACAUGCAGCAGUUGACAGUGAUGGCUCUGACAGUUCUGGUUUGUGGAGUCCUAUAAGCAAUCCUGGCAGCCCAGAUUUCGGACCCCUCAGGUCCUUCUCAACAUUUGGAAAUUCUUUUAAUUUAACUGGCGAAGUUUUCUGCAAACUUGGACAGCCACAGUCUGUUUAUGGUCAAGAUGUUCAGCGAAACUGGAAUGAGUUCAGUAAUGUUCCUUCAUCCAUCUGGGAUUCUUCAGCUACAGACUUGAUGCCCUCCUGGCCCACAAGUUCAGGUUCCCCAACACACACAACUUCAUCUAUCCUAGGCAACCCAAGCUGCCUGUGGUCUACCACCACCACUACUCCAUUUAGCAGUUCCAUUUGGUCAAGUAACUUGAACAGCACCCUUCCUUUCAACACUCCAGCUAACACAUUGCCAGUUAUUGAUCUUGGGACUGAAAAUCCACCACCACCACCACCACCACUUGCUGCUGCCCCAACAGUUGGCAAUCCUGAAGACUUGGGACAGGCAUAUAACCCUUGGAGAAUUUGGAGUCCUGCUAUUGGAAGAAAAAGCUCUGAUCCCUGGUCCAAUGCUCAUUACCCACCUGAAAAUUGAAAUUAAGCAACAAAAGGGGACUUCUGUCCAGAUCUGAUCAUGGUGAAUUCUGUUAACCUGCCUGGAAUAUAAUUUGCAAUCAGUUUGCCAUUCCUCCCCAACAGCAUUACAAGUUAGUCCUACAUUCAUCACUUGCUCCUUUUAAAGUCUCUCUUGCAAUUAUAGUAGUGUGAAACUGCAGAAUUGGAAAAGUUUGGAUUUGGUCAAAAAUCCAUCAAAGACUCUCAUGUUAGGGUUAUUUACUACCUGCCCUGUUUUUUAAACCUGGUCAGUUCCAAAACGCAGCAAUUUUGACUACCAUGCUUGGUUUUUAAUUUUUUUCCAGUAUUAUGAUCCCAAAAAUAAUUUUAAAGAGCACAUUGUGCUAAAAUGCAAAGUAUUUUUUUAAAAAAAUAAGGCUGUAUUUGUUAAGGCUCUAUGAAUGUAAAAACCUUAAGAGCAAAAAAUGGCUGAAUGUAAGAGCAUUCUGUUCAAAUUAUACAUUUUAUGUGCAGUUUGUACAUUUGUAAACCUGAAUGCAUUUUUAAGUUGAACUGAAAUGUCCAUAGCCAAGACUUGUGGAUGAAACAAGAUUCCUUGUGCUUUUCUUAUGGAUACAACUUUGAGUUGUACUUGAAAAAUAAAUGAUUUUUUUUUUUCA